ACAUAUUUCUUCGCUUUUCCCCAUAUCCUCGUGUCUCUUGAAUCCUGCCCGGAAAUGCUCGUCGGUCCCCGUCUCUGUUCCGCCCGCAGUCAUGGCUGUUCCGGAGAAGAGCACGAAGGAAAGGCUGGAGUCGUUGCUGGACGAUUUGGAAGUACUGUCCAGAGAAGUUAUUGAAACACUUGCACUUUCAAGGAGCCAGAAGCUCAGCCAACCUGGAGAAGAGAACCAAGUAUUCUUGCAUUCCAAAAUGUGGCCAUCAUCCACCAAUGGGGAAGGGCUAAAAACACCUUUUCUCCUAAACCAACUUGACUGUAAUAACCCAAGCAGUAUUUUAUGGACACUUAACAUAUUACUCUGGAUUUUAGAGUUACUUAUUCAGAAGGAUGGGGAAUUCCAAGAACUGAUGAAAGUGGCAUUCAGCCAGGGAAAGACUCACCAAGAAAUGCAAGUUUUAGAAAAAGAGGUGGAGAAGAGAGACAGUGAUAUCCAGCAACUACAGAAACAGCUGAAAGAAGCUGAACAUAUAUUGGCAACGGCUGUCUAUCAAGCUAAGGAAAAAUUGAAAUCAAUAGAUAAAGCAAGGAAAGGUGUAAUUUCUUCAGAGGAACUUAUUAAGUAUGCCCAUCGAAUUAGUGCAAGCAAUGCUGUAUGUGCUCCUUUGACUUGGGUGCCAGGUGAUCCCCGAAGGCCUUAUCCCACCGAUUUGGAAAUGAGGAGUGGCCUACUGGGUCAGAUGAGUAACCUGCCUACUAAUGGAGUCAAUGGACAUUUACCUGGAGAUGCACUGGCUGCUGGGCGACUCCCAGAUGUUUUGGCUCCUCAAUACCCAUGGCAAUCGAGUGACAUGUCCAUGAACAUGCUACCUCCAAAUCACAGUAAUGAAUUUUUAAUGGAAUCCCUUGGGCCCAACAAGGAGAAUGAAGAAGAUGUUGAGGUCAUGUCCACAGAUUCAUCUAGCAGCAGCAGUGACUCUGAUUAAAUGUAGGCAGAAAGUUUACAGCAACUGGAAUCCAACCACUAGCACUGAGAUGUGUGCAUGUUGCCUAAGUGGCUUAAAGAACUGAAGACUGCCACAGUAAUGGAAGCCAUGGACUUUUUUUGUCAAGUACUUGGAAUAUUGAACUGACAUUUUGUACUGAUCAUUUUUGUGAUUUGUUAUAUAUACAUAUAUAUUUUUGAUACAAAUGUGUUUAUUUGUUUGAAGGAAGCAGUGUUAUCCUGUCCUAGUUCAUUAUUUGUGAAACCCUUGAAGUGCCUGAAUGGGAGGCCAGCAUGUGUUUUAGCACAGUGCUGUAUAUCGAAUGUGCUAGCAUUCUGCUUUAUUUGCUUUAUCCAUUUCUAUCAAAACAUCGUUGUUUCAUUGUGAAAUGCUCAUUAUUGGGUCUGUUAGAAAUAUAAAACUAUUGUAUAUAUUUUCAUUGGGUUAACUUUUCUUGAUGUGUUUGUUGUAAAUAGUAUUUUGCUAGGUCUAUCACUGUGUAUAAUGCAUAUUCAUUGUUGUGUGCAUAUGUAUUGAAGGGAUUGACAUUUUCUAAAAAUGUGUAUAUCGCCAUAUAUACAUAGGGGUAUAUUUGUAUAUAUAAUAUCAUGUAUCAUGCUUGUUAAACAUUCUGAGGGCUGUUUUACCUCCAUAUUCCCUAUCCCAUUAAACUGAUAGACUUUUGUA